UUUGACCGACCAGUAUCAAGAAACGAAUUCACAUGAACAUUCGGAUUUUUGGAGAAACAUUUACCAACGUCGAGCCAAAUGAACCGUCCGCACCUGCUGAAAGUGUUUUGUUCUGGAUCGUAUUGGUUCUACUACUGUACGAGCGAGGCCUGAAGAAGCGGUAGGAUGUCAAAUGCUACAGAUGAUGUCAAUUCGUAUCCACACGUACGUGUUUGGGCAGCGGGAGUUUCUUUGAUCAUUUUGGCUUUUUUCAACUUGAUCAUCAACUGGACCAUAGUGCGCGAGGAGCGCCUGCGGAGCCACGCGCGCUUCGUCCUCGUGUUCCAUUUAUUGUUCUCCGCGCUGGUUUACUUCGCAGUAUGCUUUAGCUUCUACUUACAAAACUACCUGAAAGCAGCGACCACGGCAACCAUUUGCAUGGUGCUAAUCAGAAGUCUGAUGACAAGCGGUUCCAACAUCAUCCUCACCAUCACGGCGAUGGCACUGGACCGUUAUUUUGCCAUAUGUUACCCGCUCCACUAUAGCAAAGUUUGUUUCAAACCCUGGCCAUGGCUCAUCGGGGUCCUAACAUGGGGACUCGCGUCGAUUAUUCCUCUUACCCUAUCGCCCAAAAUAGAAAAUGGCACUGUGCCCUGUGGCAGGAAAUCUUUGCAAGGCGGAGAAAUGCACAAAAUCGUUUUAAUAUCAAUUUGUACUGUUCUUAUCGUGUACAGCUAUGUACGGAUCUUAUAUGAG